AUGGAUGCUCCUCGAAAUCGAAAGCAGCGCCGUGCUGCCGCUGCAGCUUCCACGGCCCCCGAACUCGAGAUUCCCCUCGCAACCCCACCACGCGGCCAGCCUCCAAAGAAGACCGGCGAGCGAACAUUAUACGACAUCAUCGCGGAGCGUCAGAAUGAGCUCUUGGGGCAACAAGCUGUCUCCCAGGCUGCAUUGGACGCGACAAUUGACAAAGCACAGUCCUCACAACCAAAGGGGACGCGGUUCGUGACCGUCGACGCGUCCGGGCAAGUCGUGGACGCCGGUGAAAUCGACCAAGUCCCAAUGAACAUGGGCUCACGAAAGAUCCCCAAGGAAGCCACACAAUUGGCAGAAGACGAACCAAACAGACCACUUCCUCCAUUCAUCGACACAGUUCUUCUCUCCAUGCCCCUGACAACCCUUCACCUCACUCUCGCCUAUCUCGCCGCCCACCAAUAUGCCGAGUCUAUCGACCUCCCACGCCUCCUCAAAGAAUCAAUCACAAUCACGUUCCCACUUUUAACAUUCCUAAUCCACUUCGCCCACGGCCACAUCGUCAGAUUCAGACUAAGCGGAAAUCUAAGCUUCCUCGCCCCGCAGCCCGUCGCCAUCCUCCCGCUCACUCGCGACAAGUUCACAUUCUCGUUUCUCCGCCGCCUAGUCUUCCCGCCCAGUCUCCGGACAAUCGUGUUCCUUCCGCCGGCGUUGUUGCUCGGUGCUCACCUUAUCGCCAUCACGAAUGGAGAACCGUAUUACGCCGUUAUGAAGAAGGCGCCAGCCUUUGGGACGAUGUGGAUUUGGUGCAUUUUGGAGAUGUCGUUCGGGCCCGCUGUUAUUGGGGCUUUGGGCCCGUUGGCUUGGGGGGUUUGGUGGAUGGGGUAUGGCAUUUUCUAA